UAUUUGCGGUUGGUUGGAGUGGAGGGCACUUAAAUAAAAAUAGUGGACAUGUGAUGCUCAGUUCAUACUGGUUGGUUGCCUUGGACUUGGAGGGAUUGCGGAGUGCGGGCUGAGCUUUCCCCCAAAUUAGAUAACGCUACUCACUGUCACAGCUCACAACGCAACCCAUGCUCACUUACCUAAACCUCCUAUACCAUUUCAUUUCCAUCUCCAUUUUUACAUCUUCUUCUUUCAAAACCCUAACAAUCCCACAAGAAAAUACAUCACCGCCACCGCCGCCACGCCAUCCGAUUUGCUGCUUUCGUCACCUCCACCAAUUUCUUCAAUUUGGAGUGUUCUAGUCGGCGCCUGACGCGCGAACUCUCUGUAUCUAAUUAUUCUUUUGCCGGGUUGUGUCUGAAGAUUUUUAUUUUUAUUUUUAUUUUUUUUGUGGGUUUCCUUUCUAUAUAAUAUUUUAUAGAUGGAGGGGAAUUCUGCGGGGGGCGGCGGCGGAGGGGGGACUGAUGUGGAGUUGCUAUGCAAAACAUUGCAGGUGGAGCACAAGCUUUUCUACUUUGACCUCAAGGAGAAUCCCCGCGGCCGGUACCUUAAGAUCUCUGAGAAGACUUCAGCGACCAGGUCCACCAUCAUAGUACCUUCCAACGGCAUCGCCUGGUUCCUUGAUCUCUUCAAUUACUAUGUCAACUCCGAUGACCAAGAUGUCUUUAGCAAAGAACUCCAGCUUGAUACCAAGGUAUUUUAUUUUGAUGUUGGCGAGAACAGAAGGGGACGCUUUCUCAAAAUAUCGGAAGCUUCGGUCAGCCGAAACCGCAGUACUAUUAUUGUCCCUGCAGGAAGUGCCCGAGAUGAAGGGUGGGCGGCCUUUAGGAAUAUUUUGGCUGAAAUAAAUGAAGCAUCAGGGCUUUUCAUACUGCCCAACCAGCAUCAGCAGAACUCUGAAGCCCCAGAACGCCUUGUUGGGCUUUCAGAUGAUGUGGGGGCUGGUUUUAUAUCCAGCCAUAGUUCUCAACCUGCCCCAGCAGCUGACUUGAAUGUUGAUCGGACUUCUGAUCUGCCACCGACUGAUGACAUAGGUAAUUUAGGAGUCUCAAAGGUAAUAAGAGCUGAUCAAAAGAAAUUUUUCUUUGAUCUCGGCAGCAAUAACAGAGGUCACUUCUUGAGAAUAUCCGAGGUCACGGGUUCAGAUCGCUCCUCUAUCAUUCUCCCACUUUCUGGCCUGAAGCAGUUUUAUGAAAUGGUGGGUCAUUUUGUGGAGAUCACUAAAGAUCGGAUUGAGGGGAUGACUGGUGCAAAUGUUCGGACAGUGGACCCUCCUCAAAGGUGAAUGUGGUAGAGAUUCUGGUUGACCAGUCAACUCUGUGUUGUCUAAAUAGAUUGUGAUCUAUGGCCCAUUUAUUGUGGUUGAUCAGGGUGCAUCUGUGUUCCGCUUGCCAAGUGCUUUGCUUAUUUUUGUUCCAGUUAUGUCUGAAUAAGGCUGCUGUCCGUCUUCAAUCAGAGACCAUUUAUGAAAGUUAAUCAGCUUGCUUCUAGAUAGAAUGAUAUAUAUAUAAAUAAAUGAGAAUAAGCACUCUUUUGUGCCAAAAGAAUGGCAUCUUUAUUUAGAUCUCUUCUUUUCGUGAUUGCGAGUUUCUGAUUGUUUACUGUUGGAAAUGUGAAGGCCUUCCGCUUUUGUAUAAUCAGCCACGAGAAUUGGAUGCUGUGUUCUAUCCUUUUCUCAGUAUGUUUCUGGACCUGUCAUCUUGAUUCAGUUUAAUGUAUACAUUCUGUUCAGAUGUUUCUAAUUCUAAAUGAGCUGCUUGCACAGUAA